UCAAAUGCUGUGAGGGCCUUCAGGCUUUGUUCCCGACCACCAUGGCUCUUGGAUUUGAAAUCCUUCCUCCUGUUCUCCUCAUCGUGGCUAUAUUAAGGAAUGGUGCUGCAUCGCUCGAUCGGAGUAGUUUCCCACCUGGUUUCAUUUUUGGGACGGCCUCCUCAGCUUAUCAGUACGAAGGUGGAGCUAGAGAUGGUGGCAGGGGGCCUAGCAUAUGGGAUGACUUCACCCACAAGCACCCAGAGAAGAUUCUGGACCGAAGCAAUGGUGAUGUAGCAGUAGAUUCGUUUCAUCGUUACAAGGACGAUAUAGAUAUUAUAAAGGACAUCGGCCUGGAUGCUUACAGGCUUUCCAUCUCAUGGUCUCGAAUCCUACCUAAUGGCAGCCUAAGUGGAGGUAUCAACAGAGAAGGCAUCAUGUACUACAGCAACCUUAUCAAUGAGCUCAAAUCCAAUGUUGAAAUAAUGGGCAGGUGUGCAACCAUUCGUGACACUCUUCCAUUUUGACACUCCCCAAGCCUUGGAAGAGAAAUAUGGAGGUUUCCUAAGCCGCCAU